UCCAGCUCAGUGGGGGAUACAGGACAUCACCGGCUUCUUCUCGUUUUUUAAAGCGUUCUUUCCCUCCACAUUCAUGGAUUUAAAACAAUAUCCAGAGCCCCUUAGCGGGAUGAAAGAGUCCAAAGUGGAGUUUAAAUGAAGUCCGGACUCCUGUUUUUAUUUAUUAGCGGCGUUUCUGCUGUUAGGACCUGAAUGUGACCGGGGCUUCUACCUGAGGAGUAAAGAUGAAAAGUUUGCUCUUCGUCACCUUGUGUCUCUCGGCGUGUCCGCUCAUGGUUGACGGACGCCAUCCCACCUGUAACUUCCUGUUGGAGGUGGAGAGAGACCAGGCGGAGUGUCUGAGGCGGCUGAGGGAGGAGGACGCUGCCGGCAGCCAUAAAGAGUCGGGAUGCAAAGGAGUGUGGGACAACAUUGCGUGCUGGAAGCAAACUGUUAUUGGAGAGACCGUCACCAUCCCCUGUCCUCGAGUCCUCAAGACUGUAUUCGGCAGAAAUGGGAACAUCAGCAGGAACUGCACGUCAGCGGGAUGGUCGGACGUUUUCCCAAACAUCACCAGCGCGUGUGGGUCGGACACCAGCCAGGACAAGCUGGUCUUCUACGUGGUCGUGCAGACAUUGUACACUCUGGGUCACAGUCUAUCUUUGAUUGCCCUCACCACAGGGAGUGCCAUCCUCUGUCUGUUCCGGAAGCUCCACUGCACCAGGAACUACAUCCACCUCAACCUCUUCUUCUCCUUCAUCCUGAGAGCUGUGGCAGUGUUGGUGAAAGACGACAUCCUCUUCAACCGGACCUCGCAGUGCUCCAACCAGCCAUCACUGGUGGGAUGUAAGGCAAGCCUGGUGUUUUUCCAGUACUUCAUCAUGGCCAACUUCUUCUGGCUGCUGGUGGAGGGUCUGUACCUCCACACUCUGCUGGUUGUCAUCUUCUCCGAGAAUAGACACUUUAUCGUCUACAUGUUCAUCGGCUGGGGAAUCCCGACGAUAUUCGUCUCAGCGUGGGUGAUGACCAGGAUUUAUCUAGAGGACACGGGAUGCUGGGAGAGAAAUGACAACCCCACACCCAACUGGGUGAUCAACGGACCAAUCGGAUUCUCCAUUAUGGUGAACUUUAUCCUGUUCAUCAGCAUUAUUCGGAUCUUGAUUCAGAAGCUGAGGUGUCCUGAUGUGGGUGGCAACGACCAAUCACAAUACAGGAGGUUGGCCAAAUCCACUCUCCUGCUGAUCCCUCUGUUUGGGAUCCACUAUGUGGUCUUCGUUUCUCUCAGUGAAUCCAUAGCAGAGGAUUAUAAAAUAUUCUUUGACCUGGCCCUCGGAUCCUUUCAGGGUCUGGUGGUGGCCAUUCUGUACUGUUUUCUAAACAGUGAGGUUCAAGGCGAGCUAAAGAGAAAGUGGCGGAGUAUGUGUCUGAACUGCCGUCUGAGCAGAGAUCACCACUUCAACAGCACCUUCGCCUCCAGGAACGGUUCAGAGCACAUGGUACAGUUUCACCGCAACUCCCGAACCCAGUCCAUCCUGCAGUCAGAGACCACAGUGCUGUGAGGACCUGAGGGAUCCUUGGAAGUAAAAAAAAAAGUCUCCAGGUUGACCUGGGUCGAAUACAGUUUUACAAAAUGAUGAACACAAAGUUGAAGUGAAAUACACAUGAGUGGAACCUGUACAUCGUUUCAGAGCAGAUUUUGGUUUUAACUUUACAAAUCUCUGCAAGCCUUCAAAAUGUACCUUAAGUGGACCUAAAGCUGUCCUGAUCCAUCCAAUGAGGGUGUGUUUGUGUUUGCUGCCUAGAAAGAACAUUUUUCAGUGUUUUCAUGUUGUAUUAUAGAAUAGGAUAGAUUUUUAUUGUCAUUGUUUUCAACAACGAAACACAGUUUAGCAGCUCUCAAUAUGACUAAAUCACAGACAAACAGAAAUAUUAAAUUUAAAUAGUAAAACAUAAUCACCAUAAAUAAACACGAUGAGAUGGCACUAUAUACUAUAUGUAUAUAUUAUCUGUGAGCACAGAAAGAACGGCUCGAGUAGGUAAUCGUUGCCACAUCAUGUUGAGUCAGGUUUUCCUGGACCUGUGUGCAGUGAGGUUAGAACUGUACGCAAUUUGACUUGUGUAUGUUAGAUGAAGCAGUUAAAUAUUUAUACAAUUAUGAAAUAUCUGUAAGAUAAACAGUGCUAUUCUUCUCUUCAUGGUUAGCAGAAUUGUAGACUUUACAUUGAGGAAACAAGUUGCAACAGCAACGCAGCCAUGUCAGAGCCAUUAUAUUGUGUUUUAUGGUGGUUGAUGGUAGUGAAAAAUGAGAGAUUAGCUACAAAGCAAAAUCUUGAAAUACUGUUGUGUUCGUAAGUUACUAUAUUAGCUUUAUUUGCCACAUACAUUGAUGAAGAGACUGUUCUCCCAGUCGAUUCAUCAAAUGCUUCGAAACAGCUUCGGGUCAAGUGACAAAGCACUGUAGUGGUCUUAUCGAAUAAUGAUUCUUGUCCAUCGGGAGCAAAGGAGGAAAAAAAAACUGUAGGACAUAAACAUGGGAGACAGCUGCUUAUUUCCCGUUUCCUACCACAAGUCAAUGUUGGCUUCUUUUAAACCAUGACCACGGUUGUUCCGUAAUCCUUAGCCAAGUAGAUUUUGUGCCUAAACCUGAACAAACCUUAAAGGUACACUAUGACUUUCUGCAUGGUUUCAGCGCAAUUUCAUUUUUGUUUCAAAUGGUAGGCAUCUCUCCUUGAUCCACUAGCUGCUUGGCCUCCUGAAUAUACUGUGAAAAAGCCCGGUCUCGGGAGACAACACAGGGGUCGUAAACGUCAAACAAACCCUAGGGGCACAGGCUGUGCACCAAAAUACAACAAACCACGUUUGAAGGAGAUACUCGCACAAAACCCCACCCCCUCCCUCAACCAUCUUGUUUGAUGUGAUUGGCUGGAACGUGGUUUGUCAGGGGGGCAGGUAGCGGAUAAAGGAGAGAUGCCUACGAUUUAAGACAAAAAUGAAAUCGCGCUAAAACCAUGCAGGAACUCAUAGUGCACCUUUAACUAUAGCGGUGUUAGUUUAGAAAACGAUUGUAUAUGUUGAAACGUUGAGUUAUAACAGUUUUGGAAGGCACUGACAAACAAUGCCAUCUUGCUAAUAGUGGUGUCGUAUGUCUAAUGUAAAUUUUAUUAAGAGAUGAGAAAAAAGGAACCGCUUGCUUUGUGCAGUGUGCUGUCUAAAUGUUGUAUUUAAUUGUUGCCACAAGACGAGAAAUUCUGGUGACACUUGACUUAAGGUUUACAGAAUAAGGGUUAGUUUUGAGUAAUCACAUUUUCACACUGCUGAUUAUUAUCACUAAACAGUACUCCCUCCUGUUAAUAUCUUUGGUGAACAAAUUACUAAAGCCCACCUACUGUCCUGAAUAAGUGCCGGCAUUUGUUUGGUUUGUACUAUCUUUUUUUGUAUGUCCUUUUUAAAUGAAUUCAAUACAACUCUCUAAACCAAACUUGCACUCAUUAACUUAUUAACAUUAACUACAAGCCAGACCCCGCUUUUGCCUUUGGACUAAAUACACAUCCAGAUUAAUUCUUUGUUGUCCAGAAUUUGUUUGAUGAAAUCUAGGAAGCAAAAUGAGGAAAUCAUACAUGUUUUGCCAAAGUUGGUAAAUGUAGGCCACAUAGAGGCAGUUAACGGUCCCGGAAUCUCCUGGUUUUAAAGAUACACACACAGUGGAUGUUUUUCAUUAGUCUGACAGAUGAUGUUUCCAUGCAUGUAGAUGGAGAAUAAUAGAGGGCUUAGGAUUAAACCUUGUGGAACACCACAUUACAGAUGCAGAAGACUUUGUACCACAGCAAAGUUCAGAAAAUGAGGUUUUAAUAUACCCUUAAGUCCUACAAAUUUGGAUCAUCAUUAUUUGAAAUUCGAAAUUUUGGCAAAAGAAUUGGAAUUUGUGUGGAGAAAAGGUAGGACGACAAACACUUUCGGAAAAAUAGUGGUUUUAAAGGCAUAACAUCUAAUGCUUUUUUUACACACGUUUUUUAGGAGGAUGUAAAGGUAAGGCCUAAAACUACACAUUGGAAAAGCUUCAUCUAGUCUUAGAUAUUCGGUUUUUGUAAGCAAUUUUUAAAAGUUUUUAUUGUCAGUUUUGGUAGCAGUUAAAUACAGUAAUUUAUAAGAUAGUUGCCAUGCAUGAAUCAAACAAAACCCAAUACAUAUGUAUGCCUUAAGAAAAGUGUUACCAAAUAUAUUACAAACAGGAUUUUACCAUGUUACUCAGUGUAUCAUAAGAGGUCUAUGUGACUAAGUGGUUGAGAGUAUACAAACACUGAAGACCAUAUACAAAACAAUGUUGGUUUGUCAAGUGAUUUUAUAUUUAAUGUUGUCUGACAUGAUGCUGAUUAUCAUCUUUAUCCAACACAGGUAUUUGUAUAAAGACACCAUGAAUGUCAUACAAAAGAUGAUUGAUAAAGGCUAUCUUGUGUGAAUGUAAAUCUUAAACAUUGCAUUUUUAUACUGUUUGUGCUUUUAGAAAACUAUUGAUUUAUUAAUGAUAAAGAUAAUUAAUAUGAUUUAUGGGAAAGAAGUCCCUCACAAUCAAAAUUAAACUUGUUGACACUUGGGGUGAAGUUCCUUAGUGCAACUUUAAAUAUG